AUGAGCGACUCGGAUGCCCAGCUCCUCUACCAGGAGCAGCUUCGCCAGGAACGACUGCGGCAGGAGCAGCUCCAGCAGGAACAACUACGCCAAGAACAGAUCCAGCAAGAACACCUCCGGCAGGAACAGCUGCGCCAAGAACAGCUGCAGGAACAGCGCCGGCAGGAACAGCUGCAGGAACAGCGCCGGCAGGAACAACUCCAGCAGGAACAACUCCGUCAAGAACAACUCCGCCAGCAGCAGCUGCAGAAUCCUGAUCCGAUGAUCCGGAUGACGGGGAUGUUCGAGCAGCUGGUAGCUUCGGUGCAGCAGACUGUCCAGCAGCAGCAACAGUUCAUGGAGCGGUUUUCAAGAAGCGCAACCCAGCCACCUCCAAACCCGGAACAGAUCAUCGACUCGCUUGCUGGGAACAUCAAGGACUUCCGGUACGACGCCGACAACAGCGUAACCUUCGCGGCGUGGUACUCCCGGUACGACGAUCUGUUCGCCCAAGACGCUGCCCGUCUGCAGGAUGACGCCAAGGUCCGGCUAUUGCUGCGAAAGCUCGGCCUUCCCGAGCACGAACGAUACGUGAGUUUCAUACUCCCCGCCGUCCCCAAGGACUUCAGCUUCGCCGACACCGUUGACACGCUCAAGAGCCUCUUCGGUGCGAAGGAAUCGGUCGUGAGCAGGCGCUAUCGGUGCCUCCAAAUCUCGAAGCAGCCAACCGAGGAUCACGUCUCGUACGCCUGCAGAGUGAACAAGCUUUGCGUCGAAUUCGACCUAGGCAAACUCACCCAAGAUGAGUUCAAAUGCCUUGUUUACGUUUGCGGAUUGAAGUCGGGGAGCGACGCCGAAAUCCGUACGCGACUUCUUUCCAAGAUCGAGGAGAACACUAACGUCACACUGCAGCAGCUGUCAGACGAGUGUCAGCGUCUACUAAACCUACAGCAUGACAACGCCAUGAUCGAGACGCCGUCAACCUCCGACGUAAACAAAGUCGAGCAACGAUUCGAACGCAACAAAAGCAACAGGCGCGACCGAGAUCAACAACCUUACGCUGCCGGCAAGUCCAAAAGCAAGCCGCCGCGUCCGUGCUGGUUUUGUGGAGCGGACCACUACGUCCGCGACUGCACCUUCCGAAACCACAAGUGCGCCGAUUGCGGAGUCACCGGACAUCGCGAGGGCUAUUGCAGUUCUGCCAAGCCGCUGAAACCCUUCAAACGAGGAGGCCCGAGGGACUCGGUUAGCAGUAACGUGGUGGUUAUCAACGAGUGCACGGUACAGAAGCGACGGAGAUUCGUUUCGGUUGAUUUCGGCGGGACACCGAUCCGGCUUCAACUGGACACAGCAUCCGACAUCACCGUGAUCAGCAAGGAACUGUGGAACGAAGUUGGCUGCCCAAGGUUAUCACCGCCCUCCGUUCGCGCUAAAACAGCUUCUGGGACGGAAUUGUCGCUGAACGGCGAGUUCCGCUGCGACAUCACCAUCGCCGGAAGCACCCGCAACGAGCUGAUCCGCGUAACCGAGAAACCACUCCAGCUGCUUGGCUCGGAUCUUGUGGACAGCUUUGGGCUAGCAUCCAUCCCGAUGGACAGCUACUGCUGCAACGUAUCCAGCGUUCCCGACCCGGCGCCGGCACUCAAGUCGGCCUUCCCCAAGGUGUUCAGCAAAAACCUCGGCUUGUGCACCAAAACAAAGGUGAAGUUGGAGCUGAAAGAAAACUGCCGACCGGUUUUCUGUCCCAAACGUCCGGUGGCCUACGCGAUGGUUGAGGCCGUCGACCGCGAACUGGACAGGUUGCAGCAGCUCAACAUCAUCACUCCGAUCGACUACUCUGAGUGGGCCGCCCCGAUUGUCGUCGUGCGCAAGGCCAACGGCUCCAUCCGGAUUUGCGGAGACUACUCCACCGGCCUCAACGCUGUUCUUCAGCCACACCAGUACCCGCUGCCGCUUCCGGAGGACAUCUUCGCCAAGCUGGCCAACUGCAAGGUAUUUAGCCAGAUCGACCUUUCUGAUGCUUUCUUGCAGGUUGAGGUAGACGAACAGGACCGCCACCUGCUCACGAUCAACACCCAUCGUGGCCUCUACCUCUACAACCGCCUUGCGCCCGGCGUCAAGAAUGCCCCCGGCGCAUUCCAGCAGAUCACGUCCACCAUGCUGGCCGGAAUCCCAGCAGCGUCCUGCUAUCUCGAUGACGUCAUCGUCGGCGGCGCAACCCAAGAAGAGCACGAUCGCAACCUCAAAGCCGUUCUGCAACGUAUUCAAGACUACGGCUUCACAAUUCGUCUCGAGAAGUGCUCGUUUGGGAAGACUGAGAUCCGCUACUUGGGGCACAUCAUCGACAGCCGCGGGCUGCGACCAGACUCUGCGAAGAUCGAGGCCAUUGUCAACAUGCCGCCUCCUACUGACGUGUCUGGUGUUCGAUCCUUCCUGGGCGCAAUAAAUUACUACGGGAAGUUCGUGCCUAACAUGCGGAUGCUGCGCUACCCAAUUGACAAGCUGCUGAAGGAGGAUGCGAAGUUUGUGUGGGAUUCGGAGUGCCAAAAAGCUUUUGAGAAGUUCAAGCAAAUCCUCACCUCCGGUCUGCUUCUUACACAUUACGACCCAAGGCAGGAGAUUAUUGUCUCUGCUGACGCCUCAUCUGUUGGACUGGGGGCGACGAUUUCGCACAAAUUCCCCGAUGGUUCUGUGAAUGUGGUCCAACACGCAUCGCGAGCGCUAACGAAGGCGGAGCAGAACUACAGUCAGCCGGAUCGCGAGGGUUUGGCCAUCGUGUUUGCGGUUACAAAGUUCCACAAAAUGAUUUUUGGUCGGAGAUUUUUGCUGCAGACCGACCACGCGCCACUACUUCGCAUCUUCGGGUCAAAAAAGGGAAUUCCGGUCUACACAGCAAACCGGUUGCAACGCUUCGCACUGAACCUGCUCCUCUACGAUUUCUCCAUCCAGUACGUCUCCACCGACAAGUUUGGCGACGCCGACGUGCUAUCUCGUCUGAUCAAUCAGCACGUACGACCAGAGGAGGACUACGUUAUCGCCAGCGUCCGCCUAGAGGAGGACAUCAGGUCAGUAGCCACGGAGUCGAUUAAUGCGUUGCCUCUCAGUUUUAGAGCCGUUGCCAAAAGCACCCAGUCCGAUCCACAACUCCGCAAGAUCUAUCGGUACGUUCUUGAGGGUUGGCCAAGAGCGAAAGUCGCUGAUCCGGAGAUCCGGCGCUACCAAACCCGUGCCGACUCGCUCACCGUUGUGGACGGGUGCAUCCUGUUCGCCGAACGACUAGUCAUCCCUGCUCAGCAUCGCAAGCGGUGUCUGGAGCAGCUGCACCGAGGCCAUCCUGGGAUGGUGCGCAUGAAGCAGAUUGCCAGGAGCUACGUGUACUGGCCCAGCCUGGAUAACGAAAUCGUGGGCUACGUGAAAGCAUGCCAGCCAUGCGCCUCGGUAGCACGGUCCCCGCCGCACUCUGCUCCUGUGCCAUGGCCGAAAGCAGCUGGCCCGUGGCAACGGAUCCAUAUCGAUUUUGCGGGACCGAUCAACGGCGACUACUUCCUGAUAGCAGUGGACUCCUUUUCGAAGUGGCCUGAAGUAGUUCGCACGCAGCGCAUCUCUGCCCUCGCAACCAUCGCUAUCCUCCGCCGGAUGUUUUCCCAACUCGGCAUGCCUACCCUCAUCGUGAGCGACAACGGAACGCAGUUCACGAGUGCCGAAUUUGCAGAGUUUUGCGCUUCGAACGGCAUCCACCACACCACGACCGCCCCGUACCACCCGCAGUCCAACGGGCAAGCGGAACGAUUCGUGGACACUUUCAAGCGUGCCGUCAAGAAGAUUUCGGAGGGGAGAGGCACCAUCGAAGAAGCUUUAGACAUCUUCCUGUUGGCGUACCGCAGUACCCGAAACCGCUGCGCACCUGAGGGCAAGUCUCCAGCCGAGAUAAUGUUCGGUCGCAAAAUCCGAACCUGUCUCGAACUACUUCGCCCACCUGCCGAUCCCGAACCGCCCCAGAAGGAAGACCAACGUCGAAGCUUCGCCAAGCAAGACCUCGUGUACGCUCAAGUUCACUCCGGCAACGCAUGGAAAUGGACACCUGGAGUCAUCCUCGAGCGGAUUGGAAGUGUGAUGUACAACGUGCACGUCGGCAACCAACGCGUCAUCCGCUCGCACAUCAACCAACUGCGAAGUCGCUCCGAGAGCGGACCAGCUGCUUCACUGCGUGCCAAACCGAAAGCGCUGCCGUUAGACGUCCUACUCGGUGAGUGGAAGCUUCCGCAACCGUCGUUGGUCCCUGAGCUGCCACCGUUGAGCCCGAUGCAGUUGACGCCGCGUCCGUCUUCUCCCGAGCUUCCGGACCCUCCUGAGACGCAAACGAGCGCGUCCAGUACACCACGCCCGUCAACCCCAGAAUCUCCGGACCAAGUUGAGACGCCGCCGUGUGCGUCCUCUACGCCGCGUCUUGGAUCGCUGCCUCCACAAGAGAGCGGUGCAACACCAUCUUCUUCGGCUGCGUCGUCGUUGUCUUCCUCGUCUUCAUCAAGUACGUCGGAGCCAACCAUCGUGCCGCAGCUGGUACCUGAACUUCGGCGUUCCGAUAGGAAUCGUAGACCGCCUGUAAGAUUCGACUACUACCAGCUGUAUUAA